AUGGCGCCAACUGAGCAGAAGAUUCUGAGCAACUACCUGCUUGUCCCUGCGCAGCUGCCCGCGAUCAUCUCGCUGCAGGAAUUUGUUGCGCUGUUCCCCCGGUCACUGCAGUCAUCGCCGCACAUCCGCAGUCUAUACCGUAAUUUACAGAGCCAGAGAAAUGCACUCAUCGAUGCUGUGGCCGAGCAGAUCGAGGAAGAGGCCAAGCAUGGCAAGGCGAUGCGCCGCGCUGUGAUUCGCUCAAGACGGGAAACAGAGGCUCAAGAGCAUGACGAUGAGCUUGAAAUUGAGAAGAUGCUUGGAAAUGGGCUAAGCUCGCAAAAUCCCAAGCACAGCAUUGCCUCUAUCCUGCCAGACAUGGAGAGUGCCGUCAAUGAGCUUGAAAGCGAGCUGCAACUGCUAGAGGAAGAGGAAGCAGCUCUCCUUGCCUCUAUCCGGCAGACCGUGGGUAGCAUGAGCGAUCUGCGUUACGGCCGCCUGGCUAACAGCCGGCUGCACGAGCAAGUCCUUGAGGGCCUGGCAAACUUGCAGGAGACAUGUAGGGGGAAGAAUUGA